AUGGCACGCUCCAUCCAGCUCCUCCAGGCUUGCCUGGCAUACAUUGUGCUGCUGAGCUUGGGCGCGGUUCAGGCCGGCCGCCAGCGAUACGCCGUACUUCACGCAGGCGAUGAGCCCAUGCUGCAGGGCACCUGGUCGUCGGGAUCUGGCAAAGUGACCACCGGUUCCGGCUUCUUCAACCCAAGCUCGAGAAGCUUCAUCGCUCCAACGGUGCCCGGCCAGGCAUACAGCUUCACACAAGACGGAUUCUGGGAGUUUGCCAAGUACCGCGUGACGCCCAACCCUCGCAAGCCAGAAUGCAUUCAGAGCCAGCUGAUUUGGCAGCACGGCAACUACGUUUUGCACGCCAACGGCACGCUUCAACUGUGGCCCAUCGCUCGAGAGGGCGCACAGCUGCUCACUUCCAGCUGUCCCGGCGGCAGCCCGCCCGAAGAGAUGUACGACGUGCCGGAAGAGUACACCAUGGUCGACACCUGGAUCGACCUGCACCAUGGCGUCUCCAGCGCAGCGCUCCGCCUCACCGACGCAUGGGGAAACCGCUCGCCCAGCUUGUACAAGAUCUACGACCCGCCCAUGAUGCUUCCCACCGACCCGCUCUAUCUCGAAUACAUCGGUAUUCCCUGA